AUGUCUCGAGAAGAAAAUCCUACUUUGAAAGUGCUUUUUGAUACGGGAUUUGCUCUUUCGCAGGCGAUUUCUAGGAGAAUGGUUUCGUCUGAACCGGUUUCGAGGAGCUCGAGAUGGGAUAAUGCGUUGGAUUAUGCGAAUGGUGAGGAGAGGGUUUCUGGUUCUGCGAGAGUUGGUAGUUCUCUGACAGGAUUUUGUUCUCCGAAAAUAUUUGGCAUCGCGGAAGCCUCUAGUCCCAUAGAUACUCCUCGCCCUGUAAAGACAAAAGUUUCAAGUCCUGCAACACAACUUCUCAACGAUUUCUUCGCCGAAAUAGAUCAGAUCGAUACAUCCGAAUCGAUUGAUGCUUCCUACGUCAAUGUUCUUCUACCAGGAUAUUGUCAAGCUCGUGAGAGAGCUAGAGCUGGAUCAAGACAUAAAUCUAGACUCAGAGUUAAAACUUCAUCUAACAUGAACUCACCAAAUGUUCCCGAUGAACCACCUACAUCUCCAUCUCCUACUCAUUCUUGGAACCAAUCAUUCAGCUAUUCACGUCCUCAUGUCAACUCUGAGGAAGAUUUACAAGAACUCGCAUCACGAUUUCAAGAAAUCCAUACGAGAAAUUCAGAAUCCAUCAAUGCGGAUACUAAAUCUCUCUCUAACUCUUUACCAAAUCUGAGACGUAGAACUUUUUCAAAUUCUUCUAAGGUGUAUGAUGAAGAGUUUAGAGAUGUAUUGAAGAGAGAAAAAGAAUUUUUUGAAUCAUCACCUAGUUUUAUCGCUAGUCAAAUGCCCGGUAUUACUGGUUCUCAAAUGCAAAAACAAAUUCCGAGAUUGAUUGUUUCUAAUAGUGUAUGUGUUGAGGAAGAGAAGGAGGGUGAGAAGAAUGCGAUUGAGAUUCUUGAGGCACUUUUUGGAGAGUUGGAGGAUAGAGAGAAUGGUUCUAGUGAGGAUGAGUGGAAAAGUGCCGAGGAAAUUAUCGAGGGUGUUGAAAAUAAGGGAGGAGAUAAGGGAAGGGCAAAGGCCGUUAACAACACCUUCCGUAAUAACGUUGCUACGGAAGGUGUUGAUGAUAUUGAUACUGAAAUGGGCUACAACCGCCUUAAAGAUAAGAAACAUGAUCACAAUAUCGAUAAAUCUAGCGAAAUCAACUUUCUCGAUCAAGAAGCAGAAACUGAAGUUCGUCAGUAUUCAGCUCUGACGCAACAAUAUAUCGCAAAUGGAUCUUCAUCCAAGAAGCUCGAUAGUCUUAUUGAGAAAUAUGUGGAGGAUCAAGCACAGCUACAACCGAGGACCUCAGAUGAAAUUGAAGUCGUUCCUCUAUCGGAAUUUGGUGGAAAAGAGAAAAGAAAAUGGGCACAAAAUCCUGAAGAUAUCGACCUCCACAAAGACCUUUCUUCAAUUAAGGGACCUCAAAAGAUUAGCGACAAUCCUUCCGCCGCCGAGCAGGAUCAACAUGAUGAUGGUAGUGAGUAGCUCUUUAAAGAAAAUAUGGGUAUAUGUUAACAAAAAAGCUACAAAUCAAGGAGAAAGCUCAGAUACCUCAAGCUCUGCAAUAUAUCAUGAUACAGCCGAUGAUCAAAAUAUCACAGCUGAUUCAAUUUCUAAAUCUACUUCUAUUACUAGUAUUGAUAAUAGUAGUACAAGCUCGAUAUCUACUACUAGCACAAAUUAUGGCACAGGAGAACAAAAAGAUCCACAAUUUGAAAUGGCGGCUCUGGCGACGGGUGUUUUGAUUGCGAGUUUGUGGAUGAUUGAGAGGAAGAUUAGAUCUUUUUAUGUUUAG